UUCACCCAAAGUCCCCAGCCGGCCGAAGUAACAGAGAGACAGAGAUGAGCACAAAGAUGCAAAAAUGGCGGAUUCCUCUAAAGCUCAUGACGCGUCACGACAUCGUUUGCUUCCGCCGUCUCUUACAUAACGGUCCCGACACCGUGGAAGAACUCUUGGACCGUCACUUGGUCAAGAAAGAGAAACCUCUCGACGACGACCUGGCCGAGUUGGAAACUCGGCGCCGACUCACUAGCGCUAGGCGAGAGGCGCUGAGUCUUUACCGAGACAUCCUCCGCGCAACCCGGUUCUUCAUAUGGCCCGACUCACGGGGCGUCAUCUGGCGUGAUGUUCUCAGGGAGAACGCCCGUAAGGAGUUCGAGGAGGCCCGAUUCGAGACCGACCCGGAAGUCGUGACACGGUUGCUUAUUGGAGGUCAUGAUGCCGUGCAAUCGGCUCUCGAUCAGCUCGUGGAAAAACAGAAGCAGCAAAUUGAGAAAGAACGCGGCGGUGGAGAUCGACGGGGUGACUGAUGAUUUGGGGGUAAUUCUGAUUCCGAUCUUGAUUUACAAUCGAAAUGUCUGUUGUGUUUUGAAUUCGUUGCUGGACCGAUGAAGAAUUGGAACAUUUACAUGAUAGAUAGAUUUUACAUAUCAGUUCUAUAUAAUGUAUUAGAGCUUCUGGAUAAAAGGAGUCAAUGGUUUUGAGUUGGGAAAGUCUCCAAGUCUAUGUUAAUGGUUUUCCAAAAGCUCUCAUAGGUUUGUUUUACAACAGAGGCGGCGAAAUUCUCAGAGUAAUUUGAAACCAAAUGCCUAGUCAGGCCAUUUGUUUCCAUGUAUUUUGCUUUAAGAAAUAUUUCUUCAUUCUAUUUUA